GUCAUGCUUACAGGAAGUGUGACGUCAACGGUUCCUGGGUGUUUGUGGACCGUUGGAACAAAACAUGGACCAACUACUCAGAGUGUCUGCGCUUCCUGCAGCCCAGCGGUGAGGAAGGGAGACAACAAUUCUUUGAGCGGCUGUAUGUCAUGUACACCGUUGGCUACGCUGUGUCCUUCAGUUCGCUGCUCGUGGCCAUCUUCAUCAUUGGAUACUUCAGGCGUCUUCACUGCACCAGAAACUACAUCCACAUGCACCUGUUUGUUUCCUUCAUGUUGCGGGCAGUCAGCAUCUUUGUGAAGGACAAGGUCGUCCAUUCCAGUGCUGGAUUGCAGGACUUUGAUUCUGCCCUUCUGGACAACUUAAAAACAGUCAGCAUGGCACCACUGGACAAGUCUCAGUAU